GGCCGAUGGAGAGCGAGCUGGGUCGGGUGGUGCUGGGCCUCCAGAGCGCGGUGGUGAGCUCGCUGCAGCAGGCGGCGCUGCUGCCCCCCGCCAGCCCCCAGGCGGCCGCCCUCAGCCUCCAGGCCCUGGAGUCCUACCUCGCGCUCCAGCGGCUGUCCGUGGUCCAGGAGCAGGGCGGCCUGCGGCAGGCCAAGGCCAGGCCCAGGAAGCAGUUCAUCUGCAAGUUCUGCAGCAGGCAGUUCACCAAGUCCUACAACCUCCUCAUCCACGAGAGGACGCACACCGACGAGAGGCCGUACUCCUGCGACAUCUGCGGCAAGGCCUUCAGGCGGCAGGACCAUCUCAGGGACCACAGGUACAUCCACAGCAAAGAGAAGCCGUUCAAGUGCGGGGAGUGCGGGAAAGGGUUCUGCCAGUCUCGGACCCUGGCGGUCCACAAGAUCUUGCACCUCGAGGAGUCUCCCCACAAGUGUCCUGUCUGCAGCAGGUCCUUCAACCAGAGGUCCAACCUCAAGACACACCUCCUCACUCACACGGACAUCAAGCCGUAUAACUGCCCGUCCUGCGGCAAAGUCUUCCGCCGCAAUUGCGACCUGCGGCGACACAGUCUGACGCACAACCUUGGUUCUUCGGCGCCGGAUCCGACGCCAGACAAGCCGGCAUGAUGAUCAGCGAAGAGAAGACAAGUUCUAAAUAUAAUUUAGGCUAAUGUUUUAGUAAUUUUGUUUCAACUUUUGUGCAAUCUUAUACCGCAUUACUAUAAAGCUAGGUCAAGUUUCUAUAAUCAGCGCUAAGCUUAUCGAUGGCAUCUGAAUGGGCGAAAUGACUCUUAGCCCUGAGUAUAGAAACUUGCUUUUAUAUUUUGUUGGUUUUAUUUUCCAUGAAUUCAUAAACUGUUUAAAAACUGCAGAAACAUCUCUAUUUCAUAAAUCAUACAUGAAUAAUCUUCGGAGAGAGUCAAAUUCUUUGAGAGAACCAUUCUUUGCCUUAAUCGCCUAAAUUCCAGAAUUGUCGUAAGUAUUUUUAUACAUUGAGGCGUGCGUUUCCAAAAAAAAAAAUCUAUUUUUUAAUUUUUUCACAGAUAUCCGCAAAAAUUAACAAAAAAAUCAAGACAAUAAUCAAAAUUAUUUGUAUCUGUCAGAAAAACCUUUCAGAAGACUAUUUAAAAAGUAUUUAUGUAGUUAUAAAAUAUUUUACCACAUAUAUUUAAUUCAUAUUUCAAACACAUACAAACAUUGUUAUCCUUCAAAAACAUUCUCAUAUUUUAUUUUAUGGUUUUCCAUUUUCAUCUUCAGAUCUCAAAAAUAACUACAACCUAUUAAAAAAAAAACUUGAUAGACGAUAUAAACAAUAUCCAAGAGUAUGAAUAGAAUAACCGUAGUUAUGUGGAUUCUGCAUACUUCUUAUGAAAUUGAAUUUUUGUUGUAUUAAAUAUGUACAUUGAUGUUUACAUAUAAAAAAAUGUUUUUUACAUCAAUGUGUUCCGAAGCACAGAAAUUUUCUAAAACAUAAAAUAAAUUAAACAUGAGACUGUUUUUGAAAGGUAACAUCCUACAUUAAAAAUAUAAGAAAAUCUACAAAUAAUAAAAUAAAUAUAGAUAAUAAUUAUAAACAUGAUAAUUUUUUUUAAAUCAGAAUUUCAAUACAGUAUUUUUCUAUACAAUAAAAAGUAAGUUAUAUCACAAUUCUUUACAGAUAAGCUAAUAUUAAAUCUUAAAAUGGAAAAGCUUAGUAAAUAAAUUAAAAUGUAAAAACAAAACCUUGUGAAUCAUAAAGUAAUGAUAGUAGAAAGUAAUAAUAAAUUAAACAUAUUAGGAAUACAUUUUAUAUUACGAGCGAUAUGAAAUCCUUUCACUCUACAAUAAUAUAGUAAGAAUUUUUUUUAAAAAUAAAAAAAAAAUUGGAAAAUUAAUUUGGGUAAUUUUGGCAUUCUCUGCCUCAAUUGGUCAGGCCUCAUGUUGCAUCACUAUCAUGGAACUGACGAAUCGCUAAAAAUUCUGCUUCAGUAAAUAUUGUUUGUCAACCAAGGAUUUAAACUGCAUCCAGAUUCUAUCUGAUAUACUAUUCCGCUCUGUUUAAAUUUUGCUGAUAGAUAUUUUAAAAUAAAAUAAAUUAAAUAAUUAAGAAUAAAUAGAGAUGUUUCUUUGUUUAUCAAUACCAGAGGCGUAACUAGGGGAACAAAACUUAGAUAAAUAUUGAAUAUAUAUUAUUGUACAAUACUUUGGGCCAGCCCAAGGUACAAUGAUAUGACAUUAUUUUUAUUUUUAUAUUUUUUAGCAAAGACCUAAGUAUUUUGCUUAGAACUUGCCUUCAAAAGAAGCUAGAGAGAUUACUAUACUUCAAUCGACUAAUAAUUUUGAGUAUAUUUAUUUACUUUUCCAAUCCAAUAAAACACUAUUAUAAAUAUUAUAAAAAAAAAAAAAAAAUCUUAUUUUAUUGAAUAUUGAGUUCACAUCACACCUCCUACCACAUGGUGAUUUCAAUGAUUUUUUUUUAUUUAACAUGUGCAGCAUUAACCUCAUAUGGGUUCUUUAUUUCUUGAACUCUACUACAACUCAAAGUUCUGUCAUAUUUUUUCUAUGUAAAUACUCAAUUUCCUCUUCAAGACGUAUAAGAAUCUUGAAGGAAAGAAGUCGACAUUUUUUAUUUUCCUUCUUUCCUAAAUGGUCGAAUUAAAGAGGCUUUAAAGAAAUUUAACUUCAUCUGACCCUAGUUACGCCGCCAGUGAUCUAUGUUAAAGUUUUCAAAAAAUUAUAUAAAUCAAAAUGAACAUUUAUUAUAAUAAAAUAAUUAGUUAUUAAGUUAAGGUUAAGAUGAGAGUGAUUACAUGUGAUCGUUGUACUUAAAUUUAAUUAAUAAUUACAAAUUUGUAAACAUAUAUACAAUAAUAAUAAGUUUUAUAUAAUAUCAUCUGGUUAUAAUAUAUUUUGUAAUUUUUAGAAUAUAUUCUUCUACCUUAAAAACAUCUUUUUUUUGUAUUUUUAUAAUUUAUUUGUAUUUAAGUGCCUAUAUAAAGUUUAUAAUUUUUUAUUCGUCUCUCAGACUGAUCUCUGUUCUUUCGAUAAUCAAAUGUAGUUAUUAAGUUUGGUUGUUUUAUUUUUUUGACAAUAUUCAAUAAAAUCUUUUUGAAAAAUGUGCAAUUUUCGCUUUUAAUUUUAUUCAGAUUACUUUUAUAACCAUCAGCGGUGUCUUAUUCAUGUAUUUAUGUUUGACUUUCGUAACUUAAAUUUUAAAAUCUACAUAAUUUUUUAGAUUCAAUAUUAAUUUCAAAAUUCGUAAAAAAAAACUGUAUUAAAUAAAAAAUAUCAUAUUAUGUUAAUAACAGUUUUUCAAAAGACGCACAUGUAAGUCAGUGUAUAGUGCUACAUUAUAAGGACCCAAAUGAAUUAUUUUUGUGAUGUUCUUGUACAUAAGUUUUAUAUUGUUGUACAAAUUUUUAUAUCUGUUAUAAUUUAGAUAAAAUUAGAAAAUAGUUUUGUUUUAAGAUUUUGAAUUUCCACAGAUUCUUAAAUUUGUUGAUAAUUUUUCUUUUAAGACGAAAAGGAUUUGUGAAAAAAAAUAAAUAUAUAUUUAAGGAUA